UGGCUGACUGUUCCGUAUGAUCACUGUGGGAAGACCAGCGAAAGCACAUGGCUUCUUUGACAGGUCCUGUUCAGCGUUGCUUCUUCUUUCAACCGUGACAAGGCCAGCAACCUCACCAUGGCUGUGAAAGCAGAGCCUCCCGAAGGGCUCACUUUGCAUGGAGUCGGCGAUGGCCGUGCAGACUCCAAGACAAGCUCUCACGCUGCUGUCGUUUUGAAGCUAAGCGACGACAUUGUGGACGAUGUGAAGAAGGCGUCUAGUGGCAGGAGUCGCCUACAGUUCGAGGCUGGCAAGACUCCCAAGCUGCACAUAGGAGGCCGAACGAUAGAUCUCCUGCUCUCCAAAGAGGCUUUUUGCAACGAGCUGUAUACCUCCACGGUUGGUGGCUCGCUGUCCGACCUUACCUUCUCCGGCGUUAUUAGCCACCGAGCUGUGGUGAACCAGCGUGAGCGACGGUCGCAGAGCCAGGACACAGGCACAGACGAGGCACUGGCCGCCUUGCGUAGUAGUAUGGCAUCCUUCGAGCAGGAGAAGCAGGCCAAGCAAGCGAACAUCAGCGGUGAUGUACUGCCCAUGCCGAAAAGCCGCUUCGAGGCCGCGAAGAAGAACCGACGUCUGCUGUCGGGAAGCGGACACACGCCCCUCAGCGGUGCUGCUACACCUCCAUCCGGUACGGCACUGACUUCUUCGGGUCUGAGCGAGGCGGAGACGAGGUUGCAGGCAAUGCGAACUCCCAUCGUGCAUCUUCUUGCCAUGAGAUCUGCGACGAUGGCGGAGAUUGCUACUAAAACGCACAUACCGAAGGAGGAGUUGACAAACAUGUUGCAGAAGACAGCAAGAGAGGUGGAUGGGAAAUGGCAAUUGACAGAUAGAGCAUAUAAGGAUCUUGACGUGUGGAAAUUUGGAUAUACCACAAAGGAAGACAGACAGGCGGCGAUUGACAAUGCUGUGAGGGCAUAUGACAGGCUUAGGAUUGGUAGAGAUGAGAAGAUCUGGCAGAAAUUGCUGCCGCAGAAGGACCGAGGAAAGGGAAUCAUGUUGUCGAGGCUUCACCUGGGUGCGAGAGGAGGCCUCACUCCCAAUCCAGCUGCUGCGUCGCCAAUGCUGCGGCCAGAAGCAGCUCUAGAGUCACAACCGGCAAGUGCGGCAAACACCCCACGAUUAGGUGCGUCCACACCAAGAACGGCAGCAUCCCGACCCACGGACGUGAUGAAGCGGCUAUUGUCGAAAGACCCGAAGAAGGCUCGUGCAGUUGAGGAGGCGAGGGACAAGAAGCGGAAGGAUAGGGAGGCAGCUCGGGAAGCCGCAGCUUCGGAUCGGGAAGGUGCGAAGCCCGCGAAACGACAACAAACGGCCAAGUCAGCCAACCCGAAGAUCAAGUCUGCAGAAGUGGUUCACUCUUCGGACGAUGAGAGUGGCGAGGAGGGCGAAGUGAAAGACGAUGGUGUCUCACGGGUUGACUCCAAGCUGGGCAAUGAUGCAAAGAAACUAGCAGGAGUUACUGCAAACGCGAACAGACCAGCUACUCCAUCAACACCACGGAAAGCGGCUGCAGACCCUGCGAAAUCCAUUGCUUCGCUUGCCAGCAAGGUUGGCAAAGCCUCACCGGCGCCUAGUGGCAAGCUCACUCCACGUAACGCGACUGGACUCUCUGCGCCCGACUCGCAGCACAAGAGCCAGCGCAGUCCCCGGAACUCUAACAGCAGGCCUAGCGUGCCUUCUCCAUUGGGUGCAGCAAGACCUCGUGGCUCAUCCGACGUGUCUGAUCGUCCCGUCAACGGCCAGCAUCGCAGCCUGCUUAGUGGUGGCACGCCUCGCAGUUCGGGCGUUCCUAAUGGCGCGAGGAAGCGUCAGGAUACAGUGACCAGUACUAUCUCUGGCGGGUCGUCUUCGGGAUCUGAUCAGAAGCCGUCGCAGGCGAUGGCGACUCACAAGCAGCCAAAGCCUGAGGCGAAUGGUGUCUCCAGGGUCUCAACGGUGAACGGCAUCACGACUGCCGCUGUCAACGGGGUAAAGCGCAAAGCCGACAACGCCACACCUCAGCAAGACACGCCCAAACACCGGAAAACCGAGUCGUUAUCAUCACAAUCGCAGCAAUCUCUGGCUGCAUCGAUAGCCGUCACAUCAUCAACCCCUCGCACUUCACCAGACGGUACAUUCGAUACCGGGAGCAGUAGCGACAGUACCGCGUCGGUCAUCGACACAAUCACUUACACGCAGGGCGUCAACUUAGCUGAGAAGUUCAGGGAUGUCUACUAUCCUGCUUACGCUGUCAUGUACGAUGCUCAAGCAGCGAAGCAGGCUAAGGGUGAGAAGAUCAGCAAGGACGAGCGUGACCGCUUGUGGGCGAUGCACAAUCGGCUGGUGCAGAUGAAGCGAGAGAUAGAGACUGCGAGUCAGAGGGAGCACCAGGACGAUUGAGAUGCAUACUAUCUUGCCUAACAAUCAAUGUCAGGAUACCAUCUCAAUGCUUCUAGUGCACAAAUUCUUUCAUCAGCUUGCGCAUAGCCGAUGCCGGUUUCACAUCGCACCCCA